AUGGAUGUCGACGAGUUCCGCAAGGCGGCCAAGGCGGCCAUUGACCAAAUCGCCGACUACCAUGAGUCCGUCCCCUCGCGCCGCGUCCUCGCCGACGUCGAGCCGGGCUACCUCCGCCCGCUGCUGCCCGCCUCGGCGCCCCUCGACCCGGAGCCCUUUGAGGCCAUCGCCGCCGACGUGCACGCCAAGAUCAUGCCCGGCAUCACCCACUGGUCCAGCCCGGGCUUCAUGGCCUUUUUCGCCUGCACCAGCAGCUACCCGGCCGCCAUUGCCGAGAUGUGGUCCAACGCCUUCAACGGCGCCCACUUCAACUGGAUCUGCAGCCCCGCCGUCACCGAGCUCGAGGCCGUCGUCAUGGACUGGCUCGCCGAGAUGGUCGCCCUGCCCCCCUGCUUCCUCACCCGCGCCCCCUCGCUCGGCGGCGGCGUCAUCCACGGCUCCGCGAGCGAGGCCCUCCUGACCGUCAUGGUGGCCGCCCGCGACAGGUUCCUCGCCGCCAAGACGGCCCAUCUGCCCGACGGCGCCGACGAGAAGGAGGACGAGACGUGCCGCCUGCGUGGCCGCCUCGUCGCCCUCGGCAGCGCCGGCGCCCACUCGAGCACCAAGAAGGCCGCCCAGGUCCUCGGCGUCCGCUUCGCCACCGUCCCCGUCGACGAGGACCACGGCUUCGCCAUGCAGGGCCCGGACCUGGCCCGCACCCUCGACGACCUCGCCGCCCGCGGCCUCGAGCCCUUUUACCUGACGGCCACGCUCGGCACCACCGACGUCUGCGCCGUCGACGACUUCCCCGGCAUCAUCGACGCCCUCGCGCCCCGUGUCGGCACCCCCGCCGACGUCUGGGUCCACGUCGACGCCGCCUACGCCGGCUCCGCCCUCGUCCUCGACGAGAACAAGCCGCUCGCCGCCCCCGUCGCCCACUUCCACUCCUUCAACUUCAACCCGCACAAGUGGCUCCUCACCACCUUUGACUGCUCCGCCCUCUGGGUCCGCAGCCGCGCCGACCUCGUCUCCUCGCUGAGCAUCAAGCCCCCCUACCUGCGCAACCAAAUGUCCGACGACGGCCUCGUCACCGACUACCGCGACUGGCAGAUCCCCCUCGGCCGCCGCUUCCGCUCCCUCAAGCUGUGGUUCGUCCUGCGCGCCUACGGCGUCAGCGGCCUCCAGGCCCACGUCCGCCGCGGCGUCGUCCUCGCCGAGUCGCUCGAGGCCAAGCUGCGCUCCCGCCCGGACCUCUUCUCCAUCUUCACCCCGGCCCGCUUCGCCCUCGUCACCCUGCGCGUGCGCGCCCGCGACGAGGCCACCGUCAACGCCCGCACCGAGCAGCUCUACGACGCCAUCAACGCCGGCGGCGCCUUUUACCUGACCAGCACCGUCAUCGGCGCAAAGUUUGCCAUCCGCGUGUCCACCAGCGUCGCCGCCGUGCGUGACGAGCACGUCGACAAGCUGUUUGGCCUGCUCGUCGAGGGCGCCGAGAAGAUCAUCAAGGCCGGCGAGGAAUAA